AUGGAGCGCAUAGUUCACAGACAAGUGUAUGAGUACUUGCAAGAGCAUGAUCUAAUCACCUCAGAACAAUUUGGUUUUCGCCCUAAGUUAUCCACAAGCAUUGCUUUGACACAACUCACUGAGGAAAUAUUGCACAAUCUCGACAAUAAAUUGGUUACCGGUGCAGUUUUUAUCGACUUGCGAGAGGCGUUUGACACGGUAGAUCACAAGCUGCUAAUUUUGAAAUUAAGAAAUCUUGGUUUUUCAAAGUCUGUCAUUAACUGGUUCACGUCCUAUUUGUCAUCACGUACAGUAGUCACAUCUAUCAACAAUUCAACAUCGAGUGCAAGGCCAGUCACCGUUGGUGUGCCGCAAGGAAGCAUAUUGGGCCCGUUACUUUUCUUGAUAUUCAUUAACGACUUGCCUCAAUGUCUUAAUAACUGUAAGUCGAUUCUUUAUGCUGAUGAUACAUUAUUGUACUACUCUGCAAAGUCAACAACGGAGCUUGAAGCUAAAAUAAACGCUGAUUUACAAUCACUUUCACACUGGCUAAAUAACAAUCUCCUAACUUUAAACUACGAGAAAACCAAGUUCAUGAUCUUUACCAACAGAAAGCAGUCGUUUAUCAAUGUAAACAUCACGAUUCAGAACGAAAAAGUAUCACAGGAGAAAUCAAUGAAAUAUCUUGGAGUUACUUUUAGUGAAGAUUUAUCUUGGCACGAGCAUAUUGACAAAAUGAUCUCCAAAAUUAAUCAGAGACUUGGUGUUCUACGACGCAUCAAAGAUUUCUUGGACUUGGAUACACGUUAUAUUCUUUAUACGUCUCUAAUACUGCCACUGUUUGAUUAUGCUGAUACCAUUUGGGGUGAUAAGAACAAUUCGGUGCUGAUGGAUUCCCUUCAAACUUUAGAGAACAAAGCUGCAAAGCUGAUCCUAGAUGAACAUCCACGCUAUUCUGCAACGGAAGCCCUACGACGACUAAAAUGGACAACACUUAAAACUAGAAGACAUAACCAUAGAUGUAUAUUUAUUUAUAAAUGUUUAAAUGAUUUAAUUGACUUUAAAUUUGAAUUAACGAAGAACGAAGACAUUCACAGCCAUUACACAAGAAGAAAAAACGACCUCCACCUCCCAAAGACGAACACAAACAAGGGAAAACAAAGACCAAGCUACCAAGCAUCAAAAGACUUUAACAACCUAGAACCAGACAUUAGAAACGCCAACUCGUUAUACAAGUUUAAAGCUCUAUUAAAAAAUGCUGUGUAGGCGAGAAUUAAAUAGUAAACAUAGUCUUAGUUCCAUUACGUUUUGAAUAUAGGCUAUAUAUAGUAUAAGUAUGUUAACGCAUGUUAUUGUACAUUUGCAUGUUAUUUUGUAAUGUAUAUGUAUAUUGAAGUUGAAAUUUAUAAUGCAGGACCCCACUGAAAAACACUUCGGUGACGUGGGUAUCCUGGAUAAAUAUAAAUAUAAUAAUAAUAAUUAAGUUUCCACACUAGGUUGCUAAUAUAGGAAUAUCUUCGUGCAAGUGAGUUACUGUAAUUUUUCAUUCGUAUACAAUUGUGUAUUCCAAUGCGGGCAAGAUACUGCUCAAUUUAUAUUCCCAUAAUAACAAUAUUAAUAAUAAACUAUCACUGUCAUUAUUUAUACCUUGAAGUAUGAUGUUCUAUCAAGCCUAUGUCCUAUGAAUGCUACAAUCGACGAGCUACACACUUGUUUAUAUGAAGACUUGUAGUCAAUUCAUUCGCUUCAAGUUUCAACGCGUAUCGACCAAAACUCAUUGUUAUUUGUGAUCAAACUUUUAUCUUACCUUGAAAAAUAUUUCGACAAACAGCCAGAGUCCAGACAAAAAAUUUGCGACACAAUGUGUACAUGUAAACAUGUUUACAAAUUGUCAUGGUCCAUGGUGGUGUUCGCGAGUUCAACCAGGGUAUUCGGAAAGUCAAAUCGCGAUCUGGAGUAUGUUAUUUUUUACAGUAAAAUUUCUGUGACGUCAAAAUACGUCUUAAAUCUGAUCAUCCGUACAAGAUUCCCAAAAAUGACUUGUUGAAUCCACAUAACUCGCGAGCCGGAAACGGACUGGUGCGAGAAAAACACAUCAAGAAUAGUGUGCUGCUUUCGGCAGCAAUAAUAUACAACUGAAACUGAAGCCUAUGAGAAAGACCCGAGUUUGAUUUACGAUUUACGAAAAUACUAUACGAAAAUAUCAGUGCAUCAUUAAGAUAUUCUAGUAAUCGUUUUUAGAGGAAAGAAGUUCCCCUCCCGGCUCCCGCUAAAUUUACUCUCAGCAAUGAACACUUUUAAGAUUAAGAAUUUCUGGAUAACACGUUUUACAUUUAUCCUCCUUGUAUAAUAAUUGUUUAAUAGUAAUUGGAAAAUCAACGUUCAAAAGCACUGAGGAGAAUUUUUCCAUGGGAAGAUUUUAAUGAUUGGCAUUCAAACCUUGUGUUCCGACUGUUUUACAUCUAUUUCAGGAGUUUUAGUUUUGUAUUUUGAAAAAAAUGGCAAAACGUUGGAUGUGCCGAAGCAUAAUUUGAUCUUCAACUCUGAAUAGAUAUACUAUAAAACAUUUUGACAGUCCCUAAUCUGUACUAAAUUCCAGAUAUUGUUAUUUAUCCUCAGCCUUUAGUCCUUGUUUAUUUCUUCUAGAACAUUUAUUGAAUAAAUUGAUGUUUUGCAAGUGGUGUUAUUUUCAGCAUCGCACCUUUUUGUUGGCCAUUAUUAGCACUUUGACUAUGGCAGCCAAGCCAGCUUUAAUAAUCCUUAUUUUAACUAUUAGAAAUAGGUUAGUGCAUGCUUAUAAAUCAGUUUUUUAAUACAUCUCAUAUUUCGCAUUUCGCACUACUUUUUUAUCUUAUUUUGUCUAAUGCCAGACAAUUUUACUCUUCAAAGGGAGAGUACUGGCACUCAAUCACUUAUGAUUAAUGAAUACUCUACUUUGUCUUGGGUUUACUUGUAGAUGGUAGAAUUACUGCUUCGCCAACCUGGCAUUCAAAUCAAUAUCCAGGAUGAACGUGCUCAAACACCACUGCAUCAUGCUGUGAUUCAUAAUGAAGUGGAGGUAAAAAAUAAUAAUCAAAUAGAAGUAACACAACUGAGACUGCACUUCUAUUGCAAAAGUUUAGAAGAUAACAAUUGCAGGAAUCUUCUUUCAGUUAUAAAAACUGUACUUUGUCUUGGGUUUACUUGUAGAUAGUAAAAUUACUGCUUCGCCAACCUGACAUUCAAAUCAAUAUCCAGGAUGAACAUGCCCGAACACCACUGCAUCAUGCUGUGAUUCAUAAUGAAGUGGAGGUAAAAGAUAAUAAUCAAAUAGAAGUAACACAACUGAGACUGCACUUCUAUUGCAAAAGUUUAGAAGAUAACAAUUGCAGGAAUCUUCUUUCAGUUAUAAAAACUGUACUUUGUCUUGGGUUUACUUGUAGAUAGUAAAAUUACUGCUUCGCCAACCUGACAUUCAAAUCAAUAUCCAGGAUGAACAUGCCCGAACACCACUGCAUCAUGCUGUGAUUCAUAAUGAAGUGGAGGUAAAAGAUAAUAAUCAAAUAGAAGUAACACAACUGAGACUGCACUUCUAUUGCAAAAGUUUAGAAGAUAACAAUUGCAGGAAUCUUCUUUCAGUUAUAAAAACUGUACUUUGUCUUGGGUUUACUUGUAGAUAGUAAAAUUACUGCUUCGCCAACCUGACAUUCAAAUCAAUAUCCAGGAUGAACAUGCCCGAACACCACUGCAUCAUGCUGUGAUUCAUAAUGAAGUGGAGGUAAAAGAUAAUAAUCAAAUAGAAGUAACACAACUGAGACUGCACUUCUAUUGCAAAAGUUUAGAAGAUAACAAUUGCAGGAAUCUUCUUUCAGUUAUAAAAACUGUACUUUGUCUUGGGUUUACUUGUAGAUAGUAAAAUUACUGCUUCGCCAACCUGACAUUCAAAUCAAUAUCCAGGAUGAACAUGCCCGAACACCACUGCAUCAUGCUGUGAUUCAUAAUGAAGUGGAG